UUCCGAUUUGAGCAAAGCAAUGUUAGUUAAAAAUUCGAUUCAAUACAAACAAGAUGCUUCACAGAGUUCAGCCCUGGCCGUGGCUGUGGCUCUGCCUCUGCCUUACUGUGAUCUGCAGUCUCGCCUUUGUGGCGGGCCACACAAGGAAUAUCUAUGGCCCAGACGGCAGCUGGAAUGGCAGCCAUAACACACUGAGUCGCUCGAAGCGUGUGGCCAUCUUCGAUGGACAGGGCGUUACCAAGUUUGUGCCUAGCUUGGCGUAUCCUGUGAAGCAGGCGGACAAGGAGCAGUCGUUCUGGUGGUUCGUCAACUUUCAGUGCCAAUGGACACCCACCUCAAUUCCCCUCUAUUGGUGGAGUUUCUGGAACACCACCGCCUUCGUGUCCACAGCCCGUGAAUGGCGCAAGGAUAUGCAACUCAAACUGAAACACGAUGAGGCACGCACCUGGGUCUACGAUGCCAUCGAAACGGGCAUGGAGCAAUUUCUGCUUUCUGCUUUCAGGCUGGAUGGCGAAAAUGGAGGCGUGUGCCUGCUGCGCAGCAUCUGUGAGAUAUCCCAGCGACCCUUUCAGAACAGCAACAUUUUCAGCGAGAUACUCAAUGCGGUGCUGGUACCCACCCUCGACAAUGUGGCGGAGAAGUAUCUGCACGCACGGGACGCGGGUCGUGCGGGUGCGGACUGUGAAAGGAGCUACGACGACUGCAAUCCGCUGCUCUGGAUAAUGGUCACGAAUUUGGCGAAGAAUCCCUUUUGAAUAAAGCAUCUAUACAGCAACUAUGUUUAGUCCGCAAUU